AUGGACCCAAUUAAGUAUGUUUUCGAAAAACCAGCAAUAACAGGAUGGGUGGUGCGGUGGCAGAUGCUGUUGAUCGAAUAUGACAUCACAUAUGUUACCAGAAAGGCCAUCAAGGGAAGCGUUAUUAUAGAAUAUUUAGCAGAUAGAGUUAUGGAGGAUUAUCGGCCUAUGGAGUUUGACUUCCCGUAUAACGACAUUGGCUCAACUAGUCAGGAAGAAGAUCAUGAAGGUUGGAAGAUGUUAUUCGACGAGGCGGUCAAUGUGUGGGGACAUGGAAUAAGAGCCAUACUCAUAUUGCUGGAAGGGAGACAUUAUCCUGUCAUAGCUAAGCUUGCUUUUCCAUGCACCAACAACAUAGCAGAGUACGAAGCAUGCAUAUUGGGUUUGCAGGUUGUCAUAGAUUGGGGUAUCAAAGAAUUAGCUGUAAAGGAGGACUCAGCCUUGGUUAUUCACUAG